CAUAUUGUUUCCACGCAAAUCCCCAUUUUGCUUGUUAAUCCUCCGGCGCCGGAGUUCUUCGCCCGGUGAUCCGGCGGCGAUGGGUUGCUCCUCGUCGAAGAAUGUCGUAUCGGUGACACCGGUGCUCGACUCGUCUGGCAUUCUCAGGGAUAGCCGAGGGUCGGAAGCGGUUUCUGAGAAAUCGUUGAGGGGGAAGUCGAGGGAGAAUGAGGAGGUAGAGAAGGAGAAGAUCAAGGAGACGAAAGAAACGGUGAAAGUUGUCGUGGAAAGCCCUAAAUUGGUUACUGCUAGAUUGGGGAACUUUCACAAGGACACUGAAGGGGAACAAGUCGCCGCCGGUUGGCCGCGGUGGCUCACCGCCGUGGCUGCUAAGGCUAUUCAUGGUUGGGUGCCCCUCAAAGCUGAAAACUUUGAGAAAUGGGAUAAGAUAGGGCAAGGAACUUAUAGCACUGUGUUUAGAGCAAAAAAUCUUGAAACUGGGAAGAUUGUUGCGCUGAAGAAGGUGAAGUUUGACAAUUUUGAUACAGAAAGUGUCAAGUUCAUGGUUCGAGAAAUCGAGAUUCUUCGUAGGCUCGACCAUCCUAAUAUUAUGAAAUUGGAGGGUUUGAUCACCUCGCGCUUAUCUUGUAGCUUAUAUCUAGUUUUUGAAUAUAUGGAACAUGAUCUUUCUGGAUUGUCAUCAUCACCAGAUGUAGAAUUCACUGAACGACAGGUAAAGUGUUACAUGAAACAAUUGCUAUCUGGCCUUGAACAUUGUCAUUCAAGAGGAAUCAUCCAUCGUGAUAUUAAGGGUGCAAAUCUUUUAGUGAACAAUGAAGGAAUCUUAAAAAUUGCAGAUUUUGGUUUGGCGAAUUUCGCACCGCCUGAAAAUAAGGAUCCACUAACUAGUCGUGUUGUUACGCUUUGGUAUCGGCCCCCCGAGCUUCUCUUGGGCUCAAUCGAUUAUGGAGCAUACGUAGACAUGUGGAGUGUUGGUUGUGUAUUUGCUGAGAUGUUUCUCAAGAAACCCAUUUUGCAAGGAAGGACCGAAGUUGAGCAACUCCACAAAAUCUUUAAAUUAUGCGGUUCCCCAUCGGACGAAUAUUGGAAGAAUUCAAAGUUACCUCAUGAAAUAAUUUUUAAGCCUCAUCGCCCUUAUGAGGGUCACCUCCAUGAGACUUUCAGAAACUUGCCACAUUCUGUCUACAAAUUAUUAGAAGUACUUCUAUCCAUAGAUCCUCAACGGCGCGGGACUGCAGAAUCUGCUCUAUCUUCUGAGUAUUUCUCAACACCGCCUCUUUCGUGUGAACCAUCAAGUUUGCCAAAAUACCCACCUACUAAAGAGAUCGACAUGAAAAGCGAUGAAGAUAUUAACAGGAAGAUUCCAAAGGGAAAUGCCAAAGUAAGAGUCACAGAAGCGACGAGAAAGCCGACAAAGGUUCAUAGAGAUCCACAAGAACCAAUUGCCUUGCGUAGACCAUCAAACCGCCAAGAGCCGGAGCCUCAAAAAAAGAACAGUGGAACCGAUAACAGCAGGGAUAAGUUAACCGGCCCCAGAGUUAACAGCAACUCCAGACUGAUUGUAGAUCUUCAGCCAAUGGCGGCGCUUAAUCCUUCCGAUCGAGGUCGACACACAAGGCAUGCUUCUCAAGGCAGCGGCGUUCCUUUCUCAGGUCCUCUGCGCGCUAAUAAUCAUUCUAAUGGCUCCAAGGGGGAUAGAAAACUGCAUGAAAAUCGUUCAUUCGUUAAAUCUCAUAGUAAGUAUACGUCGAGGAACAAUAGUCAUCCCCCGCCGGAGCCGGCCGCUGCCACCAUCAGAAACAGAGUUAGUUCUAGAUUUGAUGUUCAAGGUAAUGCACGUCCUUCGCAUGAUCGGCUCGAUCAUGACCGGCAAAAUGAGCAGUAUAAGUUGGCAAAGAAAGCGAUGUUGAAAAGCUUGACUCAGCUGGAACACCCAGACUCAUUUGAUUCUUCCAAAUUCCAUUCACAUGAUUUCUCAAGAAAGGGCACGAUGCAGUCAAAGCGCAGUAUGCUGGGAUACCAUGAUGAAAGGGAGAGAGUGGACUUCUCCGGGCCGUUGUUAUCUAAAUCCCAGAAAGUUGAUGAAUUGUUAGAAAAACACGAGCGGCAAAUCCGAAAGGCGGUUCGAAAAUCAUGGUUCCAAAAAGUGGCUGGAAGAAAACAAGUUAAGUAAAUCAAAGUGAUUGCUUAAACAGAGCUCCUGCUGAUCCUUUGUUAUAAACAGCCCUUCAAAAUUAGUUUGGGUGAAGGCUAUUAUAUUCACAAGAAUGAAGCUAAAUAUGCUUCAUUUUUUCUCAAGGUGAGAUUAGCACCCUUAAAUUUGUUGAGGUUAAAAAAAAAAAAAAAAAAAAAUCUUAUACAUAUGUUGAUGCUGAGAUGUUGACCAAAGAGAAUGUUCCAGUUUUUAUCUAUAAAUGAAAAGAUGGGUACUGCA